CUUUAAAAUAAAUCAACAUUGAGGAAUCCUAAAUCCAGGAGGUGGCAGUAAUGCAACGUAAAGGAGGCGAACUGCAGUAAAACCUCAAACAAGAAGCGGGUUUGGCCACUAGGUGUCGUGCUGCCGUCUAACUGAUGGUGACGCAACACUUGGUAAAACAGAGGAAGAGACGGCAGACACCGCACCUUCGACCAAGCAUGGCGAUGACUGGCCAGAGCUCAUGCUCCUCCAUGAGUAACCACACUAAGGAGCGGGUCACCAUGGCCAAAGUGACCCUGGAGAACUUCUAUAGCAACCUCAUCGCCCAGCACGAGGAGAGAGAGAUGAGACAGCAGAAGCUGGAGAAAGUGAUGGAUCAGGAGGGCUUGGCUGAUGAAGAGAAACGUAUCCGGCGUUCUCAGCAUGCAAGGAAAGAGACAGAGUUUCUGCGUCUAAAACGUACUCGACUGGGUCUGGAGGACUUUGAGUCUCUGAAGGUGAUUGGCCGAGGAGCUUUUGGAGAGGUUCGUCUGGUGCAGAAGAAAGACACCGGUCAUGUGUAUGCCAUGAAGAUCCUCCGAAAAGCUGACAUGCUGGAGAAAGAGCAGGUUGGUCAUAUCCGUGCUGAGCGGGACAUUCUAGUAGAGGCAGACAGCCUGUGGGUGGUCAAAAUGUUCUAUAGCUUCCAGGAUAAGAUGAACCUCUACCUCAUCAUGGAGUUCCUGCCUGGAGGAGACAUGAUGACCCUGCUAAUGAAGAAGGACACUCUGACAGAAGAGGCCACUCAGUUUUACAUAGCUGAGACGGUGCUGGCCAUCGACUCCAUCCACCAGUUGGGCUUCAUCCACCGAGACAUAAAACCAGACAACUUGCUUCUAGACUCCAGGGGUCAUGUGAAGCUGUCUGACUUUGGUCUGUGCACUGGGCUGAAGAGGGCUCACCGUACUGAGUUCUACAAAAACCUGAACCACAGCCUGCCCAGUGACCUCAGUAAGCAAACCUUCCAGAAUAUGAACUCAAAGAGGAAAGCAGAGACCUGGAAGAGGAACAGGAGGCAGCUGGCUUUCUCCACAGUGGGAACUCCAGACUACAUCGCUCCAGAGGUCUUCAUGCAAAAUGGAUACAACAAGCUCUGUGACUGGUGGAGCCUGGGUGUCAUCAUGUAUGAGAUGCUGAUAGGUUACCCUCCAUUCUGCUCAGAGACACCUCAGGAGACAUACAGGAAAGUGAUGAACUGGCGAGAGACACUCACCUUUCCUCCAGAAGUUCCCAUAUCAGAGAAGGCCAAAGACCUCAUCCUCAGGUUCUGCUGUGAGGAGGAGCACAGGAUCGGGGCUGCAGGUGUAGAGGAGAUCAAGUCCAAUCCUUUCUUUGAGGGGGUGGACUACGACCAUAUCAGGGAAAGACCUGCUGCCAUUCCCAUAGAGAUCAAAAGCAUCGACGACACCUCAAACUUUGAUGAGUUCCCCGAUUCAGAUAUCCUCACACCAACAGCCGCCCAGGUGUCCAACCAGACUGAGACUGACCUGAAGAACAAGGACUGGGUCUUCAUCAACUACACCUACAAACGCUUUGAAGGCCUGACCGCCAGAGGAGCUAUACCGUCCUACAUGAAGUCAGGGAAGAGAUGAGUACCUUCAGACUUGCUGUUAUCCAACACCACCAUGAAACCUGAAUGAGUCAUCCAAACCCCUGCUGUCUGAAGAACUUCAGCCAUGAAAGAAGAACACCGCCUGUUCUCCCUCUUACCUGGCUGAUGAGGAUUCUUGUCAAACAGGACUUUGCAAAUAAUAAAGGGGCUCAAUUUCA